UUGCCGCAGGUGGCCAUGGCUACCGGGCAGGUGUUGUUCCAGCGGUUUUUCUACACCAAGUCUUUUGUGAAGCAUUCCAUGGAGCACGUGUCAAUGGCCUGUGUUCACCUGGCUUCCAAAAUAGAAGAGGCUCCAAGACGGAUUCGGGAUGUCAUCAACGUGUUUCAUCGCCUUCGACAUCUGAGAGAGAAAAAGAAGCCCGUGCCUCUGCUGCUGGAUCAAGAUUACGUUAACUUAAAGAAUCAGAUUAUAAAGGCAGAAAGACGGGUUCUCAAAGAGCUGGGUUUCUGUGUCCACGUGAAGCACCCUCACAAGAUAAUCGUUAUGUACCUUCAGGUGUUAGAGUGUGAGCGUAACCAGCACCUGGUCCAGACCUCAUGGGUAGCCUCUGAGGACUCCUUAUUCAAAUGGGACAGUUUGGAAACGGUUCUUUGCUAGCCCUGAGAAGAGGAGUUCCCUUGGGCGCGGACUCUCUCCUGCACGACGCUCCCAUGCACCCGAAGGUGCUUGCCCUUUCCGAGCGGACUCCCUCGCGGAACCAGAAGGG